UUCAGGACUUUCGCAUUAUGUCCUUUCUAAUCACGGAAAUCGAGCUCGAAUACGAGUUAUGCAUUGCAAAAGUAUCGUACUACUGUAAAUUGCAUUACAAAUUUUGCCAAGAGCAAAAAUGCAAUUUGUCAUGCUAUUUCAGGUAGAAAGUUGGAUUUGUCAUGCCUAUCUGCAAUUAGUACGAGUGCGAUACUUUUCCACAGGAGACGAGUUCGAAAGGACCCGCGACCACUCCCGGAAGUGCGGGAAAUUGACCGUUUUGGAGCACUUUCAGCACCGACUGGAGCGCGUGUUCGAGCCGAUACCGCUCGACAGCAGCUCCACUGCGGGCGCGGUGCGAGGAGGAGGACCUGGGGCUCCUGCAACAUCCACUCAAGUUGGUUUUCAGACUGGAGCUUGGGCCGCGGGCGGGUCGCAGUCACAGCAAGUAGAUGGGGAUGAUCUUGCG